UCAGCCUGAAACACUGAAAUAAAACAAUUUAAAAUGUGAAUAAAAAGUGUUUGUUGUUGCCUGAGGUGUAAAAGAUCUGUUCUCUUUGACGAAAACAGAUCUGUGGAGCUCGACUGCUGCACACUUCCCUCUCUCUGAUUCGUCAGACUCCUUUGAUCUGCCCGGACACACCAGGUUCUGGAUGCUGAUUGGUUGAAACACACAAAGUGAAAGUAAGCAAAGUGAAGAAGAGGAAGCAGAUGUUUAAAACCACAGCAAUCAAUCGGUUAAUCAGCUGAUUCCUGAUCAGCAGAUCAAUAUGUUUGUCUUCCAGCUGCUGUUUGUGUCUCUGUUCCUCCGUCAGGUGAUGAGUUCAGGUUCAGGACGACACUCCCUGUGGGCGCCGGCCACCUACAUCUCAGGGUCGACGCCGUUUCCAGAGUUCAGUGUGGUCCUGAUGCUGGACGACAUCCAGGUGGGCUACUACGACUCUGUGAUGGAUCGGCUGACCAGUGGCGGUGGCGAGGAGGGGGCGGAGCUGGGCCUGGGUCAGGAGGCCGUGUUCGUACUGAGACUGACGCUGGUCAAACACCGCUUCAACCUGACGGCGGGCGUCCACGUCCAGCAGAGGCUGACGGGCUGCGAGGUCCUGCAGGACGGACAGCCGGCGCUCAUCAUGUUCAGGGACGGCUCCAACGGGCAGGACGCCGACAGCCUGAUGUACAACAUGACGCACUUCAGCUACGCUGGCGGCGACGGCUGGGAGAUUCAAUGGGACGCCAUGAAGAAGACGUACUUCCAGAUGCUUUACUCCAACAUCUACCUGCCCUUCUGCGUGCGGACGCUCAGGCAUCUCCUGGACCGCGAGAAACGCCUGGUGACGCGUCGGGUUCAACCUCGAGUCCGCUUCAUAACGAAGCAGGUGGUGGGCGGGGCUCAGCUCACCUGUAUGGCCACAGACUUCUAUCCUUGCCACAUCAACUUGACGCUGCUGCGGGACGGCCAGUCGGUGGAUGAAGACCAGCUGACGGGCGGCGCGGUGCUGCCCAACGCCAACGGCCUCUACCAGGUGAGGAAGACAUUGACUGUCACGGACGAAGAGCUUCAACAGAAACACAACUACACCUGCGCCGCCGCUCACCUGAGCCUGGACAACCGGCUGGAGGUCAGCUGGAGGGCGGAGUCGUCCUGCUCUCACAGGAUGCACAUCAUCUCCGCCCCCGCCAGUCUGACCGCCGCCGCCGCCGUCCUGCUGCUGCUGCUGUGGAGUAGGAGGAAACACACACGGAGGUCAGAGGGCGUCGCCAUGGAUACACAGGUGCAGACAGGAGAGGAGUACGUCCCCGUCCCUCCCACUGAAGACACGAGCAGAGAGGAAACAGGAAACAGAAACGUGACGUCUGUCAGUCGACUGUAGAGACUCAUGAACCGUUUCUACUGUUUUAUUGAUUAAUUAUUUGCAUUUAUUGAUAUUCUGAUUUUAAAUUAAUUAUUUAAUGACGCAGGUUAUAGUUAUAGUUUCUACUCAUCACUCAGAUCUUCAGCCUCACGUGUGACUGA